CCCCUGUCCCCCGCGCCCCGAGGAUGGCAGCGCUGCCCGCACGAGUGGCUGGCGGCGGUGUCCCUCCUCUUUUUUUUUCCGGCGGCGGCAGCGGCGGCGGCGGCGGCGGCAGCGGCGGAUCAUUGUUGUGUGGGAGGAGGGCGGCGGGGAUGGACUUGAUCUCUCGGGUCUCCUGCUGAGGCGGCAGCACUGCGCGCCCCGCCGCCCAGCCAGCACCCAGCCAGGGCCGAGCCGAGCCGCGCCGGGCAGGGAGGGACCGGCUCCCCACCAGCUGCUUUAUUUUUUAAGGGGCUCUGCUGCUCCUCGCCCUUAUCCCCCCCUCCUCCCUCCGUCCUCCCCGCUCGCACACACGCAGAGGGACACGCACGCACCCUCCUCCUUUGCCCUUUCAUCCUUCCACCCCCCCCGCCGCCGCCGUCCUCCCGCGGCAGAUGCGCUGGGGGUCACCGCGCAGCUGGGACUAUGGUGAAAUUUCCAGCCCUCACCAACUACUGGCCCCUCAUCCGCUUCCUGGUCCCUCUCGGCAUCACCAACAUCGCCAUCGACUUCGGGGAGCAGGCUUUGAAUAGGGGCAUUGCUGCUGUCAAGGAAGAUGCUGUGGAAAUGCUGGCCAGCUAUGGGCUGGCCUACUCCCUGAUGAAGUUCUUCACGGGUCCGAUGAGUGACUUCAAAAAUGUAGGCCUGGUGUUUGUGAACAGCAAGCGAGACAGGACCAAAGCAGUUUUGUGCAUGGUUGUGGCUGGUGCUGUAGCUGCUAUAUUUCAUACCUUAAUAGCAUAUAGUGAUUUGGGGUAUUACAUUAUUAAUAAGCUGCACCACGUGGAUGAAUCAGUGGGAAGUAAAACUCGGAGGGCCUUCCUUUAUCUUGCUGCCUUCCCUUUUAUGGAUGCCAUGGCAUGGACCCAUGCUGGGAUUCUGCUGAAACACAAGUACAGUUUCCUAGUGGGAUGUGCCUCCAUCUCAGAUGUCAUAGCUCAGGUUGUUUUUGUAGCCAUUUUGCUUCACAGUCACUUGGAGUGCAGGGAGCCUCUCCUGAUCCCGAUCUUGUCUUUAUACAUGGGAGCACUUGUCCGGUGUACCACGUUAUGCCUCGGAUACUACAGGAACAUACAUGAUGUCAUUCCUGACAGAAGUGGGCCUGAAAUGGGGGGAGAGGCUACGAUAAGGAAGAUGCUGAGUUUCUGGUGGCCUUUGGCAUUAAUUUUGGCAACACAGCGAAUAAGUAGGCCCAUUGUCAACCUUUUUGUCUCCCGGGACCUGGGUGGCAGCUCUUCAGCCACAGAGGCAGUGGCGAUUCUGACAGCUACAUAUCCUGUGGGACACAUGCCGUAUGGCUGGCUGACAGAGAUCAGAGCAGUAUACCCUGCUUUUGACAAGAAUAACCCGAGCAAUAAAUUGGUGAACACCAACAGCACCGUCACAGCGACACAUAUCAAGAAGUUCACUUUUGUUUGCAUGGCAUUGUCCUUAACGCUCUGUUUUGUGAUGUUUUGGACGCCAAACGUGUCAGAGAAGAUUUUAGUCGACAUAAUCGGAGUAGACUUCGCUUUUGCAGAGCUGUGUGUUGUUCCUUUGCGCAUCUUCUCCUUCUUUCCAGUUCCAGUGACUGUCAGAGCGCACUUGACUGGUUGGCUGAUGACUCUAAAGAAGACAUUUGUGUUGGCACCCAGCUCGGUGCUGCGGAUUAUCGUCCUCAUCACUAGUCUCAUUGUGCUGCCUUACUUGGGAGUUCAUGGAGCCACUCUUGGAGUAGGAUCCCUUCUAGCUGGUUUUGUAGGAGAAUCCACCAUGGUUGCAAUAGCUGCCUGUUACGUCUAUCGGAAACAGAAAAAGAAGCGGAAUGAGAAUGAAGCAGCUACAGAAGGUGAAGACUCUGCAAUGACCGACAUGCCUCACACAGAGGAAAUGACAGACAUCGUAGAAAUGAGAGAAGAGAAUGAAUAAUAAAUGGGAUGCAAUUGUUCUCUGCAGGGACGAUUGGAGUGACACUUCAGCAUCUUGUCGUCUCUCAUACUUUUUUGUUUGUUCGUUUUUAUUUUUGUAAUAAAGAGGCCUUGAUUUAAAAGGUUUCAGAUAAAUUCUCUAGCAUACUGAGUAUGCUCUCACUGAUGAGGGACCUAAAAAGAGGUCUUUGCUUUGUUUUUUUGUUUUGUUCCCAAUUGAAUUUGUUUUCUCACUCCAUACAAACACAAAAGAUACAAUUGCAUCACUGUAGAGUCUUCCUUACUUAUGCAUCCACUUUCUCUUGACAAUCUGCAUUUGUCAACCAAAGCCCUGCUCUCUGUGCACUUGUGUGUGUGUGUGCGUGUGCACGCUUGCACGCACACACACACGCACGCGUGCCACUGGCUCAAUGCUACUGCCAUAAUCCUACUCCCUCCCUUCUUUCCUUUUCCUUCCUUUUCUUUAUGAGAAAUGUAAAGGAAAAGAAGUUUGGAAUACAGAGCUUUAUUUUACUUGCUUGAAAAUGACUUUGCUACAUAAACUAAUAUACUAUGGUGAACUAUAUCUUUUUGUUUGGCCUCAUCACUAGAGCUUAUACUGCACAGGGUACAAGACAGGGAGGAAUGUGUAAGUCUCCACAUGCGAAGUGGAGAAAAACAGGUUCCUCUCUCAUGUUAAAAGUGUGUGGAUGUGUAUAUACACACACAGGUACAUAAACAGAGACAUACAUACAUAUAUAUAUUUAUAUAUAUAUAUGCAUAUGAGAAAUAAAAUACACACGGGACAAGAACUCUAUUUAGCUUUCAUUCCAUCAGAAAGAUAGUAAUCUUUUGAAAAAUGUAAACAUUUAAUUCAGAGUUUUCUUGAAUCAUUAUGCCCCACCUUACCUAUAAUUUUCUUUAGAAAAAAAAAAAACAUGCACUUUCCUCUUGUGAAGAGGGUGAUGGCAACUGAUAGACUUUGACUGUAUUUGAAUUUAAAAAAAAUAAAUAUUGACAAGCUUUACCAAAGUUCUUGUCCACUGAUUGACUUCAAUUUUUAAAGGUUGCUCUAUAUACUUAUUUCUGGUGCCUAUAUAUUUUUUUAAAAAAUCAGAUAAUGUAUGCAGGAUACCAUGGUAUAUCGCAUUACUUCACAGAGCUCCGUGAAAUUCUUUAUGUAGAGGUGUACACAUAUUCACACACACUUGUAUGUGUAUGUAUAUAUACAUACAUACACACACACACACACGUAUGUUUUGCUAUACCGUAUUUACCUAUGCAGUAGAUCAAAAUCCAUAUGGUGAAGCUCAAGUACUGAUGGUCCUCCAAGCUGUUAAUUAGGGACCUUGAUCAUAUGUUGGCUCUGAAGGCGAGAGUUGGGUGGCAGUGGGGAGCUGCUGUGCUUUGGGAAGGCGGCAGGCGCUGCGGGGCUGGGCUGGGCCGUAGGGAACAGAGCGUGAGGUCGGGUGGGUGAUUUGUAUCAGGACCAAUACAAGAGGUGACCGAACCAGAGGGGGUUUGGCCGCCAUCGGUGAUGGCUGCAGCAGCAGCAACUUGUAUUUCUGUGCUUUUCUGUGUCUGGCUGCGGGGCAGCGCUCUGUACCGGUUUGUCAUAGCUUGGGUUCUUUCAGAUUUAUUCAUUCCAGAGUCUGGAAACAGUUAUCCUCCAUGCUAUAUCCGUAGAUCAGUUAAUUUAAGCCUUAUUUAGUAAAAGUAUAUUUUUCUAAGUUGUGGAAAUUAUUAUUAUUUAAUUGUGGACAUAUUCCAUUUCUAGAUUUAUUUGCCAGGUAGUCCCAGCACUCAGAGAACUGAUCAAAACUAAACAUUACUUUAAAUGUUAUAUCAAUAUAUGUGUAUGUAGACAUACACAUGUGUAUAAAUAUAUAUAUUGUAUAUUAUGUACAUUUAUUUUAAGCAACAUUUCCUAUUUUUCCAAGUUCAGCUAAAAAUGUCUCUAAAAAACUACGGAGUUGGCUAGUAACCAGUUACGGCCGUCAUGAAAGGCAUUGUAUCAAUGAACUUUACAUUCUCUUGUAAACAUUUGUACCAAUUUGUCACAUGUACAAAUGCAAUAAGAAAAAAAAUGUAGAAAUUAUCAUGUUGAACAACAGAUUUGCAAAAUCAGUUCAUGGCUAAUGAGCAGUGGCACCAGGAAGGUAAGACUAAUUCCAGUCACCACACCUUUGCUGUGCCACCACAAGGUUGUUCUCCUUGUUUCUGACAGUAGUUUAAAAGAAAAAUUUAAAAAAAUCCAAACCUCAAACAGAUGAACUUUGUGCAGUAUGUAGACUGUAGAUAUUCGUGAAUACAGUCUCUCAAACAGUCUUAUGUAUAUAACAUGUAUAUAGGCUGUUACGGAUCACGGUGGCCAUUUGAGGUCUUCUCUAUUCAUGUAGUUUUGGCUUCUCCAGUACAUUUGUAUCCAAGUCCACAAGACGCAGUUUUUCAGGAACUGUAGAGACAAAGCAAGAAAAUAUUUUUGUGUAAUACUUCUUUUGGUACAUGACUAAAAUUCUACCAGCAUUUUUUUUUAAGAAUUUUGAGUAUUACUGAUGUAGGUUUCAAGGUAAUAGUUGCACCAAAAAAGUAAAAAUUUGACAACAAAUUAAAGGAAACAUUGAAGCUUUUGCUUUAGAUAGAAGAUGAACAAAUAUCAAAAACUGAAUUAUUGAUCGUACAGAACUAAACUAAAAGUAUUGUGAAAGAUAAAUUCUCAGUUGUGUGUAUAAGACUUACUAGUCCUUUACUUCGCAAGGAGUGAGCGCGGGAGCAGUGGGGCUUGGGCGAGAACUCGGUGACCUCUGGGCCCGUGCAUUGCAUCUCUUUCUGCUUCCUGUGGGACACGUAUUUCUUUACCUUGCUCUGCUGGAUGAACAUUUCUGCAAGGAGGGGUUCCAAACCAGCCCCUCGUGCCGGGCCGGCUGCGGAGCAGGGAGACGUGUGCCCAAGGAGCGCUCUGUCCCCCACAAUCUCUGGGUCCAAAACCUCCCUGCUGCGGCUCCUGGUUGGCAACAAGUUCAGUUGGGCUGGUGAGGGAGCCGGCCGGGUGGGCUACAGGCUGCGAGCAGACAGCUGUCCUCCUGGUCUGGGGCCCCAGUUAGGCCGUUACUGGUCCCAGUAUCUCUGUCGGGCAGAUGCUGGUGCGCACGCUCAGUGCUGCACCUCUUCCUUCCCAAAGUGACUUUCCUGACUUCCCUUAAAAUGACUUAGCUGUCUCUCUGGUGUUACUGCUGAGGAAGUUGCUGUCUAUCUCUCUGAUAAGUGUUUUCCAAGAGAAACCUGUUGGGUUUCUGCUCUGGAGAGCCCGAGCACAGUCAGCACGAUGAAUUCGUGUGGGGACUUCCCAGACGUUCUUGAGAAUUACUGCAUUGGACAAUUGAAGUCACAACAAAAAGAGGAACAAAGUUGAGCUGCAUUCUACAUCUUAAAUUUCAGAAUGGCUCACACCUUGGGAAAUAGGAGCAGAAAACACCAGUAAGCAGUUGAUUAAUCACAGAUGUUCCUUGGCUUUUAAUUGUACUUAAAAUUGUGAUAACUUGUCUUGAGUUUUCCUUUUGCAGAAUUAAGAGGAAGCAUUGGGUGGGUUUUUUGCCCCUGCCUGCCCUGAGCCUCCCUCUCACUCUUACCAAGCAGUGGACCUGGUGGAAAGGCUCUGCGUGUCCCAGCCAGUGCCCCAUGCCAUUCGGGCACAGCAGUGGGUUCCCAGGCGUGGGGCAGCCCCGCUCCCCAUGCCCCCCGCGCAGCCAUCCCAGGCAGGAGCACUCGGUUGCCCCCUUGGUAGAUAGAGCCGCCCCGGGCGAGAGGAUUGGGUGAGUAACAAACAGAGAAGUCUUUUGUUUUAUACUCAUUUUGCUGCUAAAUAUUUCCUUCGAGCGGGAGAGAUUUAUAUCUGGCUCUUGCUGGGUGUUUUGCCGGAGCUGCAGCCAGAGAGGGAGGGCGAGCGGAUGAAUGCGGCCGAUUCAGGGCAGGCCACGACGUGCGAACAGAAACCUUUUGAAGGCCAGAGCGCCUUCUUUUGUGGGAUGGCGCCUCGUGCUUAAAAAAGAAGGGAGAAAGGAUGCUUUCAGGCCCGGGUGCCCGGAGUGGCCGGGCAUAGUUGUGCGUUGGGCUGCAAGGUGGCAACGGGGACGGGGCAUCCUGUGGCUCCAGCAUCCCGGUCCCGCCGCCGGCAUCCCUGGCAGCGUGUGGGACGGGGCAGGGGAUGGUGAGGCGGCAGGGUCAGCCCUGUCUCUCACUGAGGUGUUGUGGCUGUGGCACGGCGAGCACAGGGCUCUGAGUGCAGCUGGGUGUUACCUGAGUGGGGUUGCAGUAGCCGUUCGUGUGUCAGAAAGCCACGCGUAGGUGUGUGGACACGCAUGUGGGGGAGCGUUGUGCAGACGUUUCUGUUUCAGCAUGCGUGUAGUUCAUUGGAACAAGGAGUCAAGCCUAAGCAUGAUCUUAAUGUGGGACUAAUAAUAAACCAUUUGUUAAAAAUUGCAACUUAAAGCUACGUAAAAGAGUAAAUAAAACACCCUUUCGGCAGACCUUCGAGCUAAAGCAUGAUUUAGGACAGUAAGGUGAAUUGAGGGAGAAAGGGGAAAUGUUGAAAAGCUUGUAGGUAUUGCAUAUCCAGCCUCAAGACAGCAGCAUGGCCUGGAGAUGGGUGAAACUGAGGGCAGAAAGCACCAGAGCUGUGGCUGCUGCCAUGUCCACUUGGGCUGCCCUGAAGGGGGGCGGGAGGGUGAGGAGCGAAAAACAGACAUUGUGAGACACUGCUCUGAAGUAUUUUGGAGGAGCCAUCAGAGGGAGGAAUAUGAACGUCUUAGAAGAGUAUUCAAGCAGAAAUAAAGCAGCAUGCAGGUUUUAUAGCAUGCAAAGAGGAGUCACUAGAUAGCUGGCUGUUUCUGAGUAACUGGCAGGACUGCCUUGGUGAACUGUCACAUUAGCAUUACGUAAAUAAAAGACAAAAUUAUCACAAAUUUGGUAUCAAACUGGCAUUUCCCAAAUACCAACUUAAACAUAAAUUGUUAGGAUUACCUUACCUUGUUCAUGUUUGCUCAAAUGCAGAGUAUUGCGUUUUUUGAAGGGAGCAGGCUCCUGCAGAGGCUGUGGGGGUCAUGGCAGAGCCCUGGCGGGAAGAGAAGAUCCAGAUUUCUUCUGUGCCCUGCAACACAACUGUAUUCAAUGGCAGCCUGACAGCAUCAUGAAACGAGACCAAAUUGUCAGCUUAGCAGCAAACUGGGUCCAAGCGUGGGUCCCGAGAGGCAGCAAUGCUGAGGGAGGGCAUAGGGGAGCCCUGGCUCUCGGCUCUGACUUGGACACCUCGCCUGGAUUUGCUCUGGAGAGCCAAGUUCAGUUGUUGGUGGGUAGAUGUGCUUCUCAGCAAAACCACCGCCAGACCUUUCAGUAAUUGGCACCUUCUGAAUAAAAAGGCCAAAGACAAAAUACGGGGUCAGAGGGACCGAGCUUUGGACUCGGCUGGGAGCGCGUACUUGCACAGAAGGGCAUUUUGGCUGCAGCUUGUGCUAAUUAAUUGUGCAGUGAGAGAGUGAGCUUCAGUCUCAGCAUUUCGUAAUCAAGAUAUCCACUCUAUUUCUGUAAAACAGAAAAGUUGUGGUGUAUUUUUAGGUGCUCUUUUAUCUUUACAACCCUGAGGGGGAAGUUUUCCUUAGCAAGCCUUGUCACUGCUCAAAUCAAUUUAUUAGUUUUACCUCAUCAUUAUUUUCUGUCAUUUUCUUCAGACGUUUCCUUAUUUUCUUCUGAAGUCUCCUGCUAGGCUUAUUUUGUCUGUUGGCAUUUUGAGAAGGAAAAUGCAAUCAUCAUGCUGACUGAAUGUCAAGUAAUGCUGAGAUUAAAAAGUAGCUUACAACAAAACUCUUCUUUGACGGGCUGUUUUUUCACUUCUCAUUUGCUAAGCUGAAAAGGAGAGUCAAGAAUUAGAAGGAAUUGGGGGUUGUCAAGAACUAAACCAAUUGAUUCAAGUUUGUUAUUUAACUCCAAACACUUUGUGACUUUCUAAUGAUCCAUUAGACCACAACCCAGACUUUUGCAGCAAAGUUAGCAUGGCAUCCCCAGAGCAGCACAGAAUAGUUUGAAGCACUGGAAAACACAAGGCUUCAUAUAUUUCACAACUAAAUGUGUAACUUAAUGAGUUGGAGAGCAUGAUUAACAGGGACAAUCCAUCAAGUUUAAGGUUCAGCUGGACAUGAGCAGCCUGAUCCAAUGUCUAAGGUGGCCCUGCUUUGAGCCAGGGAGGGACUGCCAGCGGUCCCCUUCUGACCUAAAUUAUUCUCGAAUUCAAUCAGGAACCUGGAGAGGUCCCUUGGCCUUAAGGGACUUGAGGCUGGUUGUCUUAUUUAGGCUUUCAGCUAAGGGUUGAGAGACAGUGCCUACUAGGGCUCAUCUAAGCAAAAAUCUGGGCUGCAGAGAUUCUUUUGCUGAUGACAAAACUUGCAUAUUGCAGAGCCAGCUGCAAAGUACCCUCCCACCCUCUGGGAGCCCACAAGGAGGGCAAAGCAAAAAUAAGCUAUUGUAUCUCCAGAUGAAAUAUGUGAGUACUGGACUGCACUUUUUCAAUUAACUCUCUAAGCAAAACCGCCUGAAACCAGCGAGCGAUUGCAUCUAUUACCUGCCUCCUCCCAUCUCUCUUAAUGCGCAUCAUUCUGCACUGAAAAAAAACCCUCCUCUUUGUAAUCAAGAUAAUGCAAAGUAAAUAGUUACAUUUACAUAAUAAAUCAGCUUGGCCUAUCUACAAAUGAGAGCAUAUAAAUCCCCUCUUAAGAAAUUAUGUAUUUUAAAAAUGGGACAACAGCUUUAUCCAUACUUCAGCAAAAACACAACAGAAAAGCAAAGAAAAAAAAGCUGCAGAACUGAAAAUAUAAAAUCAAUUGUAUUAACUUUUAAUGCGACUACUUCCUGGGCAGAAAAUAAAGUGUAUGUACACAUGCACAGAACAGCAGAGCCUGGAACUAACAUGCAUUGCUCGACUUUGUAGUUUGCUCUCCAAAGCAGCACUAAUGUAACUCUGCCUUUGUGUCCUAUUAUGAUAAACAAAAAAAAUCCCUCCUAAGGAGCAAUGAAAUAAUCAAAAGGCUACCAGCAAUAAGUUUACUGUUAUUUAGAUAAACUGAUUUUAUCUGCAGAGUUUGCAAGCACCAAAAAAUUGCAAAAGCAAAACCUCCAAAAAAGAUGAAGGUGCACGUGCAUUUUUGUAGAUGGCAUGCCAUUAUUUAUUGCCAUCAGCAAGCUGCUUAAAAUAAAUCUAAUCACUCUUUAAAUAACUUAGUUCAAAGUGCACUUCACUUAUUUUAGGUUUGAUAAAAAUCUACCUGCAAUAUCUUAUAUAUUUUUAAAAAGCAAACGUACAGGGUGCGAAAUUCAACCUGUGUUUUUAAACUGGGCAUGAGCCCCCACCACCGUCAUAAAGGCAAUCCAGCUUAUAUCCCGUCAGGUUUUCAUUUUUCAGACCAUCGUUCUCACCGCUCCGUUGUUUUAGCUCAGCUUUCAGUGUUGCUGCCUCCCCCUCUGUUUCUCGAAGCCAGGAGCCAGGGGAGGGUUUGUGGUAAGAGACACAGGCAUGGCUGGAGGACCCUGGAGCUCAUCAGCUGAGAGGGAGGGUGGCCUGAGGCAGGAACCUCAAAGCUCCUUUGGAGAGAUAUGGCUUGAUGGCUUGUCACUCCACUGUUGGGCGUAAGCUGGCAGCAGUGAUCCUCCCCGGAGCUGGCUGUUGGGAAGAGGAGAAAAAAAAAAAAAAAAGACAUUGCCUGUUGCUGGUGAACUUGAAGUUGGGAGUAUCGGAACCCCCCCCGUGCAGCUUGUAGGAUUUGUUCUGUGGCACUGGCAGAGGACGUUACUACCACCAGCCACACAAAUCCAAACUGGAGAUGAAGGACCCGGCUCUGUGCGGUGGCAUGGGUGAGGUGUGUUUUGUGGUGCCUGGGCAGCCCAGCCUAGCAGCAUUCCUAAGCUUGGAGAGAGCCUUGCUUCGUCUGUGUCAGCCAGAAAUCUGGGCCUGCCUGAGGAGUGAGUGUGUGUGUGUGUGGGGAGAGACAGGGAGAGCUGGCCAUAAAUGAGUGAGCUGCAGUGUCUUUUGUGAGCGCCCCACACUGCAUCACCCUGCAAGGACCAUACUGGUGGGCAGAGCAAGCCAUAACCCCUUCAUUUAUCGUCUUCAGUGAAACAUUCACUGACCUUCAAAGGUUACUGGGCAGUGUCAGUAGAUACUAGUGACGAGAUAGAACCCAGUUUUAUAGUGCUAGGAGCACAGGAGACAGCAAACUUUGCCAUGCCUUUUGCAGUGGAGAACAUUCACAUAUCCUGCUCUCUCCAUCUUUGUGUACUUGAGCAGGGCCAGCCACAAGGUCACUCUAGAAAGAACCUACAAAGGUUGAGCAAAAUCUAAAGGGCAGAGCGGAAGAUGAAGACUAUUUUGUCUUCUCAGCAGGAAAUCAUUGUGGAGGAGAACCAAAUUGUGUAGAGGUAACCCCCAGAAAGUCUCUCAAAGGAGACGCAGUUUCUGACCACAGGUUCAAGACAGCUUUGACCACGUCGUGUGAGGUCAGACUGCGCCAUUUCUAGAGUAAUACUACAAGGCUAGCAGGUUCUCCCAUCUCGGAGAGGUGCUAUAAGGAUAAAAUUCACUAAUGCUGGUGAAAGACGCUUGGAUAUUACAGGGAACAGCGCCACAGAAAUGCCUAAAAAUAUUAAUUCAUAUUUGCAUGUUUUAAAUGUGCCUUUGGGUUCUCUAAAAUUGACUUGUUUUUAGUUUCAUGGAAAUACUUUUAAAAUCGGGAGCGGGGAGUAGUGUCUGGUAGCAGCAUCCUAAAAAAGGGCAGCACAAAGCCUGAAGACUCUUGCUUGGGAAGGAGGGGAAAGAAUGCUCAAGGGGCUCAUCUUUUCCCCACCUGACCCUCAGACCAUGGAGUAUUCUGCAGGACAACGUUUCGUUCUGUUCUCAGCAGGCUUCCAACACAGGAAGAGGCAAGAGCAGUAGCUGGUCACCCUUUAGGGCCUUCUGCGGUUGCAUUGGGAUUAAGGUCAAUUCUCUAACACUUUUCUGUAGAGAAAAAGCCCCAUUUUUUCAGUCCAUUUCUGUAAUUUGAAGGUAAAUCUGAGUAGGCAAAUGCGUAUUUCGCCUGAGAGGGAUCACUUGUUUUUAAUUUCUUUCAGAAUAUUUUUCAUAGUCACAUUCUUUCCUUCAGGAUAAAGCUGUCUUUAUGCAAAGCAGUGUGCCUAAUAGCCAUCCUCGACUACUUAAACAAGUCAAUUUUGCAAGGACUGUAGGUGUCAAGCCAGAGCACUGUUUUGGACUACAGUACAGAGAUCCUAGAUCUUAAAUGAAAUGUUACCUCAUGCAUCACUUUCUGUCAUACUUGUAGAAUUCCAGUUGAUUUCUCUCAAAAUAAACGUUGCUUUCUGUAAUUUGUACAUGUGCUAAAGCUACCAGUUUGUUUUUUAAUGACCAUUUUGUUUUGCUUUAAACGUGGGUUUUCUUUAAGCUCUAAAGAAACCAAUGAAGGUAAAAACUUUGUAGAUUUUUAAAUGACUGCUAAGGUCAAAAGUAUGAAAUUAUGUGUUGCAUUAAAAUUGAGUGCUGUCUAUGUAUUUAACAGAGAUGUAUGUUUUUGCAUUGUUAAAAAGAAUGAUCUAUGCUUUCUUGGGGGGGGAACUGUGCUCCAAUAUUGUCCAAUAGCUUUCAUAUUCUAAUUACUUUAAGUAAAGUUCUAACAGUUUGCAUAUGA